UGGGACCAUUCAGAAAUCUGGACAAGGGGCAACAAUCUUCUACAGUCUAAGUCAUAUCGUCUCGGAUCUGGAAAAUCGAUAUAGCCGCAUCUAGCAGUGGUGCCGAAAAAUCAAGUUUAUCAAGGAAGAAAAAAAAUCAGAGCACAAAGAUGACUAUGGAAUAUCUCAUCAGACUUGCGCAGAUGCACGAGACGUUUCGCAAGCCUGAAUUAGAGGCUCUGGCGGUGUUACAUAACGUCGACUUGAAAAUCUUGGAAUACUCAGAUCAGUCACCAUUUUGUAUCGCGAAGAUCUCAUCGGAUGAAGAUGCAGCAAAACUGAUCUCUCGAUCUCUGUUGGCGGGAGCAGUAUAUGAGCUUUGGGGUAUCGGCAAUGGCUACGAAGAAUGUCAUGCAGAUACCAAGAAACGAUCACAACAUCUCUGGCCACAAUACAAGGAAAACGCAUCAUUCAGCUUCCAGAUCGACAGUUACCAGGCCAAGAGGACCAACAUAGAAAAGAGAGACAUCGUCGAGUCUUUCUCUUACAUGGCUUUCGAAGGGCCUAUCAGAAUGAAGAACCCCGAUCUUCCUAUGGUUGUGCUCGAAGAGUGGGAUCUGGAGGGCAAACAUCCUAACCGCGUGGCACUAGGUCGUCUGCUCGGCGAGAGUGGACGCUCGGUGAUGAACAAAUACGAUCUGAAGAAGCGCAGGUACAUCAGUACAACCUCUAUGGAUUCACAAUUGGCCUUGAUCACCGCGAAUAUGGCUUUGGCAGCACCUGGAAAAAUCUUCUAUGAUCCCUUCACCGGAACUGGAAGUUUCCCAAUCGCUUGUGCUCACUUCGGUGCUACUGUGGUUGGCAGCGAUAUAGACCCUCGCAGCAUCCGUGGAAAGCCAGAUCGAAAUGUUAUGAGCAAUUUCAUGCAAUAUGGGCUGGUGCCGCAGUACCUGGAGAUGUUCGUGAGUGAUCUGACAAAUACCCCGAUCAGAAAGACGAGAUGGCUCGAUGGCAUUGUCUGCGAUCCUCCGUACGGCGUGCGCGAAGGUCUGCGAGUGCUGGGCAGUACACGAGAGGACUUGCAGAAGGAAGUUCUCCUCGCAAGUGGAGUACCUGCACAUCUCGCCCCAGGAUACAUUCCGCCUAAGAAGGCGUACAGUUUUGACGCCAUGAUGGAUGACAUACUUGACUUUGGCUACAAUCACAUGGUGGACAAUGCGAGACUCAGCAUGUGGAUGCCGGUUGCUAACGAUGAGGACAUGGAGAUCCCCAUUCCCAGCCAUCCAGCGAUGGAGCUAGUGGCCAUGUCUGUUCAGCAAUUCAACAAAUGGGCCCGUCGACUGAUCACCUACCGCCGCGUUCCAGAAGCUGAAGUAGACCAGGAAGCACUUCGAAACCGCGAGAAGCGUGAAGAGGCAACUGGAGUGACGGCAGAUGAUCUCAACGCCUUCCGACGAAAGUAUUUCCAAGGCUUCAAAGAUCAGCAGCAACAGGUCGAGGCGGAUACUGCAUCAUCAUGAGCUGUGCCGCUAGGAGGACAUGGUGGUCAUGAUGUAGGCUGAAGUCAAGACUUGAGCGGCUGAAACGGACAGCUGGGCGUCCGGUCUUCGAGUCCAGCUGCGCCUGUUGGACGCUCAACGUACGCCGGCGAGGCGGAGUCGGAGGUCACAGGUUCGGUGACGGGAUUGUCAAGCUAUGUUCUAGAGGACUGGUGAGGUCAUAUGGACUGGCCAUCUGACAACCGAGUCGAGAUGAGUUGAAUACCAGCGAUAUACAACAAUGUCAAGUGAUUAGACCAAGG